AGAGAAAUUUGAUAGUCAAAUAUGAAACUCACACUCUUACUGGAGCUUUUGGUGAUACUUAUCAUUGUGGCAUAUGGUGCAGCGAAGCCAAUCGAGGAGUCAAGAGGGAUUAAGGUAAAUGCAAGACAAGAAGUUGUACCAGCAGCUCCCGCCGUUCCAGCCAAACCCGUUGAAGAAGCAGCUGAUGAUGAUGAUGAUGAUAUUGAUCUUCUAGCAUUGAUUGGAGAUGAUGAUGACGAUGCGGAUGACGAUGAUGAUGAUUUGGAUAUUUUGGGAGCUUUAGCAGUCCCAGCAGCAUCUGAAGAUGAUGAUGACGACGAUGAUGACGAUGACGAUGAUGAUGAUUUCGGUUUAGAUGAAGAUGAUACAUUUGCUGCUCUCGGUGAAGAUUUCUUCGCUGGUUUCUUCGAUGACGAUACAACCACCAAAGCACCUGUAGUUGAGAUUCCAGCAUCUAUUGCUGCUGUCGUACCAGAAGCACCAAUCGAAGAAGCACCUCUGAAAGCUCCAGAAGUUUUAACAAAUGAAGUUUUGCCUGCUGAAAUUCCACUGAGUGUUGAACCACUUGAAACUGGUGAGAAAGUUGUCGAACAAGUAGUCGACAAUGAAGUUUCUGUGCCGCAAAAAGUCGACAUCGUAUCACAAACAAGCAAUGAUGUUAUUCCCGUCGUUGAAGGAGAAAUCUUGGAACCAGCAGCUUCUGAACUCCUUUCAUCAGAAGUUCCUGCUCCAAUUACACCUGAAGUUGCAUCUGUUGCAGCAGCUGCUUCUCCCGAGAAAGCUACAUCCGAAGAAGAAGAAGGUCUUAUCGAAGGAAUUGUCAACACUUUGAUUGCCGAUGACGAUGAUGAAGACACAAGUGCCAAAACAUCAACCACAAACGAUGAAGACGAUGAUGAUGACGAAGACAUAAGUGUGCCAAGCCUCACAGAUGGUCUCGGAUUGAUCGCUUAA